UAUACUUUUAAUACUAGCAAAAUGUAUAGCCUCAUUACUGUUGUAUUUUCACUUAUCUUUGUAGUUGACGCGCAAAUUCACCUAAACAACAACGUCUGCAAAAGUUGGAUUGGAUAUUGGUUUUCACCAAUAUUUCCAGAUUGUUAUUAUGAAAAAGAUGUAUUUUCCAAUACGCCUGAAAGGUUAGAAAGAUACGUAGGAAGGGAGCACGUGCAGAAAUAUACUGUGACCACCGACGAUGGAUAUAUUUUAACGAUGUUCAGGAUUGUCAGGAGAAAGCCCAAAGGAGUUGUUGUACUUCAGCAUCCAAUGCUCACUGAUUCAGUCAUCUGGAUGUCACAGAUUAAUGAGUCCACGGCUUUAGAGUUUUGGAGAAAAGGCUAUGACGUAUGGCUGCCUAAUAACAGAGGUACUUGGUACUCAGAAAAACACGUUAAUCUAACAAUUAAUCAGUUGGAAUACUGGAACUUCGGGUUUCACGAAAUAGGAAUACACGAUUAUGCAAAAUUUUUGGAAAAAAUUUCGGAAGUGACAAACAACACCGACAUAAUUGUUAUCUCUCAUUCAAUGUCGACCACCGCUUCGUUGGCUUACGCAACAAUGAAGCCUGACCACGCCGCAAAACACGUGAAACUCUUCAUAGAAUUGUCCCCUGUAGCGAAUUUUUACCAUAUUGAAUCUCCAACUCGGCUUAUUUCACCAUUUCAUAAAGUAAUACGAUUGCUAUCAGAAAUUGUUGGAAUUGGUGGAUUUCUUAUAAGAAACGGUAUACUAACAUAUAUAAUUACGUUGUUCGUGUUUUUCCCAUUUAAACAGCUCAUCGUGUUUUUUCUCACUUCGACGAGCGGUUACACGACGGAAUUUGAUCCGAGGUUUAUAAAUAUAUUGCUUGCGACGAAUGUCCGGGGAACUAGUCUUGGUUUAGUUUACCAUUAUUCUCAAAUUGUUCAAGCUGGAGGCAGGUUUCAAAUGUACGACUAUGGGAAAGAGCACAAUUUGAAACUAUAUAAUUCUGAAAUAUCACCAUUGUAUCCUUUGGAACGAAUAAAAGUUCCAUUUUACUUAAUUUCGAGUUAUAGUGACACAAUAUCAACCGUCAAGGAUGCCCAGAUACUUUACGAUGAUUUACCACCAACUGCUAAGAUAUAUGGUCAACAAAAAGUAACCAACAUGAAUCAUAUUGAUUUCCACUUUGGAAAGAAUAGAUUCAAAGUUUAUGAUAAUAUUUUUAAAUUGUUGAGUAAAAUAAUGAUGUUUCUGUUAGUUUUAUACAGUUGCUUAUCUUUAACCGCUGGUGUAUCAGUUUAUAAUAAUGCCUGUCUGAACUUUUCCGAUUACUACAUUUCAUUUAUUUCCGAAAAUUGUUAUUAUGAGCCAGACGUUAUGUCCAAUACGCCAGAAAUUCUUGAAAGACACUUUCCAAAACAAUAUUUAGAGAAUUACACAGUGACGACUGAUGAUGGUUACAUUUUAAUGAUGUUUAGAAUUAUUAAUCCCAAUCGAAGAGGUGUUGUAAUGCUUGAACAUCCAUUUGCCUCAGACGGAAUAGUUUGGGUGAGCCAAGGCAACGAAUCUAUUGCAAUUGAAUUUUGGAACAGAGGAUACGAAGUGUGGAUACCCAAUCAUCGUGGUACAUGGUUCUCUAUGGGACAUGUUAAUUUAACAACUCGCGAUUUAAAAUAUUGGAAUUACUGGAGUCAUCACAUAGGUAUGUACGACUUUCCCAAAUUCAUCGAGAAAAUUGCCGAAGUUUCAAAUUCAACCAUAAUUUUCGUUGGUUAUUCAAUGUCUGCAAGUUCAUCCUUGAUAUACGCUUCUUUACAACCAGAGCAUGCUAAAAAAUAUAUCAAAAUUUUCGUGGAAAUGGCCCCAUUCUUGUACAUCAAACACAUGCGAAGUCCUCUAAAAUAUACCGGAGCAAUAUGGAAGAUUGUACAGUCUGUUGGAGCUGCAAUAGGAAAAGGGGCAAUAUUUAUAAAAGAUUCUUUUGAAUCACGACUUUUGCAAUUAGUCACAUAUCUUCCUGUUAAAGAUAUUUAUAUUGGUAUAUUUUGUUUAUUGGCGGGUGGGACGCCUAACGAAACGGAACCGAAAUACGUUAAUUUGAUAGCAUCAAAUUUGCCGAGGACAAUGAUGCUAACAGAGUUUGUUCAUUUUGCACAAACUUUGGAUAACAAAGGUAAUUAUCUAAUGUACGAUUACGGUAGCGAGGAGAAUCUUCUUAGAUAUAAUUCCACUACGCCUCCGGAAUAUCCCUGGAAUCGUAUUAAUGUUCCCGUGUAUUUAAUUUCAAGCACACACGAUUCGAUUGUUUCCGUACCAGAUACCAAAUAUUUGUUUAAUAAAUUUUCGCCAGAAGCAAACGUCUAUGGGAAAUUCGAGGUUUCCCAUUUGAAUCACUUUGAUUUCUUGUGGGGCAAACAUAGAAUGAUUGUAUUCGAUAACAUAUUCACUUUAAUUAACAAAAUUUAGCCAUGCCCUUGUAUAAGAUUUUUAAUAUGUUUUUUAGUAUUUUAUUUUUUUAGUAUUAGUUAUUAAUCAUUAUAAUGUUAAAGUUUUCUAAUAAAAAGUAAUUAUGUUUUA